GGGCCGGUAAUGCCACAGAUGCGAUCCAACCGCCACGGAGUGCAGAUUAUCGCCAACAGUCGUGUCGAUCGGAGCUGCAAGCAACUCACUCGCGCCAAGUUUUUUUUUCGUUAAAGCUGCUUCCCGCUUCCAGGAUUGUUUCCUAAUUGAAAACUUUCGCGAAUUGUGAAAAUUUUAUCGAGUGUUACCGUGACAAAAAAAACCAAACUGCUCAAAAGUAUUAAAAACAUUGGUGUGAUUCCAUCCAUAGAUUUUGAUAAGCGAAAUUUUGAAUACGAUCGAAGCUUAACGUACGACCAAGUGAUAUACCUUCAAAGUGGUACCAAGAGAAAAAUCGAAUCUUCGCUGGUAAAAAAAUUAACAAAUGUCAAAUAUCGUUCAUGCUAUGCAUUAUUCAUGAGUGGAAAUAGUUUGUGAAAAUAGGUGCCCGUUAGUUAAAGUGAUAUAAAGCUGCAACCUGGAAAUAGAUCGAGACCACUGCUGCUGACUACAUCGAAGCUAUCACAACAGGAACCACUGUAAGGAUAACCCAACCACUUUGCGAUCACCAAGUGGUAGAAGAAUCCAAGAGAAAGCCCGCAAACAAACGAAGUGUCGAUAAUGAAUCAUUUCUCUGUUGAAACAACUAUUUGAAACAACUAACCACUCAUACCGCUCAUACUCCUCAACACUGAUCGCUCGCUCGUUCGCUAUAAUCAUCACGUCACCCUUCACUAUCGCACAAGACCCACCAGACGCCGGGGCUCUGUCUGAUCUGUGGUAGCAAGGGGUGAGUGGCUCGCGCAAACUUUUCCCCCGGAUGUUCAGACCAGGAUAAGAGCAUGCGCGUUUGGAUCGCUUAAGUGCCAAUCGGCCAAGAAAUUCAACAAGUAGCAAGCAGUGGGAAGACAGUGCUGUGUAUACGACAAGAUAUAACAGACGAUCAUUCAAAUAUCGGAAGGAUAUCUGCAUAUGCAGUGGUUCUCGAUAAACCGCCGGACUUUGGAUUAGGCUCUGCAGGCACAGUGCCGAACAUCUCUAACUUCACCAAAAUUAUCGAUGCCUUACCAUAUAACGGACUUUCGAGUGAGUUGAAGUUUCAAAAAAAUGGGCCAAGAGAAAUCUCUGCCCUCCAGAUGUACUUCCGCACAUGACUACCAUCAUCACCACCACCACCAUCAUCAUCACCGCCACACGACAUCCUUGGCUUCGUCGACGGGAUCUACGUCUUCCGCUGCGCCGUCCCGUUCCCUUUCCACUGCUUCCACGACUUCCUCGGCAUCGUCCGCGUCGGCGGCAUCCUCUUACAAAAGCGUUGAGCGCCAGACGAAGUAUUUGAACGAACACCUGUACAUUAAAUCCUAUCUGGAUAUUGAGGAAGAGGAUCGCAACGCAAAGCUUCUUUUUCAGAAAGUUAGACCAGGCGGUAUACGGAAUUACACGCCAAAAAUUCUCUCGGAAAACAACAAACAAGAUAUUGAUGUGUGGAUAUAGCAGUCAGCGGCUUAGCAUACCCUACACAUACGCCGAAUCUAUUACCUAGAACACUGUGAAUAGUAACACUAAAUUUCGUAUGAACAAUUAUUUUUUUCGUUGCUUUUACAAACUCCCUUCCAAAAACAAACAUUCUGUUACGAAGCUUAAUCGGAAGACCGGCUUGCGACACUAGUUCUCUUGUGCAAUGGCUCUUGGACUCGCUUCCAUAGCGGCAGUAGCUGGAGGAAUCACGCACACCCCGAUAGCACUACUCACUCUCAUACCACUUAUAGCUGUAGGAGUCAAUUACUAUAGAUACCAAAGUGUGGAUCCGGAAUCCAAACCUAUAGACGAAGAAACAUUACGACGCUACUAUGACUUCGUGGUCAUUGGUGCUGGCUCGGCCGGUGCAGUUAUGGCUUCACGACUUUCGGAAAUGGCAGAUUGGUCUGUUCUGCUGCUGGAGGCGGGAGGUGAUGAAACGGAGGUGACAGAUGUUCCAUCACUAGCAGGCUAUCUUCAGUUGACCGAAUUCGACUGGAAGUACCAAACAACGCCACCAGGGGACCGUCGAUAUUGUCAGGCGAUGAUAGGCGAUCGGUGUAAUUGGCCUAGAGGAAAAGUUAUGGGAGGUUCAAGUGUGCUAAAUGCGAUGGUAUAUGUGCGAGGCAACCGGAGGGACUACGACAGUUGGUUGGAACAGGGGAAUAUUGGUUGGGGUUACGAAAAUGUUCUACCGUACUUUAUAAAAUCGGAGGAUAAUAGAAAUCCCUACAUGGCACAAUCGCCGUAUCAUGGAGUGGGAGGUUACCUAACAGUCCAGGAAGCACCAUGGAGAACGCCUCUAUCGAUAGCGUUCAUUCAGGCUGGACAAGAAAUGGGAUACGAAUACAGAGACAUCAAUGGGGCAGAACAAACUGGUUUCAUGCUGCUGCAAGCAACAAUGCGCCGUGGUAGCCGGUGUAGUACGUCAAAAGCAUUCAUACGUCCGGUGCGGUUAAGAAAAAAUUUGCACGUAGCCAUGCAUGCCCAUGUUACGCGCAUACUCUUCGAUAAGAACAAUAGAGCGUAUGGAGUGGAAUUUUCACGACACAACAAAAGGCAGCUGGUCUUUGCCAAGAAAGAAAUCAUACUAUCAGCGGGAGCGUUGAACACUCCGCAAAUCCUGAUGUUGAGUGGUGUGGGCCCGGCAGAUCAUCUUGCCGACCUAGGCAUUCCAGUGUUGUCAGAUCUUCCCGUCGGAGACAACCUACAAGAUCACGUUGGCUUAGGAGGCUUAACAUUCGUGAUAGACGAACCAGUGACUGUGAAAACGUCUCGUUUCACGACAAUACCAGUAGCAUUUGAAUAUCUCUUCAACGAAAGGGGACCUAUGACAUUCCCGGGAAUAGAAGGCUUGGCUUUCGUCAACACCAAAUAUGCGGAUCCUUCCGGAAACUGGCCGGAUAUCCAAUUUCACUUCGGACCAAGCUCGGUUAAUUCAGACGGAGGGCAGUACAUCCGAAAAAUUCUAAACUUACGUGACGGUUUUUACAACACGGUUUACAAACCCCUCCAGAAUGCUGAGACCUGGACAAUUCUACCCCUUCUUUUACGACCGAAGAGUACCGGUUUUGUGCGACUUCAUUCGCGAAAUCCGUUUGUGCAACCAUCAAUUGAACCGAACUACUUCGCACAUCCGGAAGAUGUUGCGGUUCUUGUGGAGGGCAUUAAGAUAGCGAUUAACGUCUCUGCCACUCAAGCAUUCCAGCGCUUUGGGUCGCGACCUCACAAAAUCCCGUUACCCGGCUGUCGACAUCUGCCGUUCAUGUCCGAUGAGUAUUGGGCGUGUUGUAUCAAGCAGUUCACCUUCACCAUCUAUCAUCCCACUGGAACUGCAAAAAUGGGACCCAGCUGGGAUCCCGGAGCGGUGGUCGAUGCUCGAUUGCGAGUGUACGGAGUGUCCGGCUUGAGAGUGGUGGACGCUAGUAUUAUGCCUACGAUCAUCAGUGGAAAUCCCAACGCACCAGUGAUCAUGAUCGCAGAAAAGGCAGCUGACAUGAUCAAACAGGACUGGGGUCGCUGGUAACCACAACAAAAUGGAGAUUGGUGACGACAAUUCAAUUGUGCCUAAUUUUUGUCUGCAUUGGAAUUUAUAUACUUUACUAGCAAAUUUUACAAUGUGAUAUGAAAGUGUAAUUAGGUGGAGACAAACUAACCGGUGGUUGUCGCAAUAAAAAAAAUAAGAUGAGACGCGCCGAGAGAAUAUAGUUUAAAAAAUUCUGCUAGUCAGCACUUAUGGAUUAGGAUAUUUGAAGUGUUACUUUAUACUGAAUUUAUGAAACAAUAGGAAAUUUAUCUUAAAAUUUUAUAUUGCAAAGAUUUUUGUUUUAAAAAAUGCUACGAAGGACUUAAGGUAAAGUGACAAGUAAUACUGUUUAAAAUCUGUUAACGAUUUGUUCUGAAUAUCUAAAUCUGGGAGUGCAUACAGCGAAUGAUUAAUUGAGUGCAGUACUUAAAGUAGUUAAUAUAUCUGCAUCUUCAAUUGUUACCAACAUGAGAAUACAAGCUCAUAAGAAA